CCUGCCGCAGUCGCAAGAUUCCCACAGCUCAACAAAAUCAUCGAUUGCUCACAACAGGUUCAAGGAAACUUCAAAGAAACGAUCGACGGAUACUCCGAUAAUAAAUCAUGUCAGGCGAUCAACCACUCCUAUGGCUGCGAUGCGAGACCAAACCGUUCGAGCAUCGCUCAGCAUUAACUCCCUUGACCGCCAAAAAACUCAUCGAUGCUGGAUUCAAGCUGGUAGUAGAACGGGAUCCUCAACGGUUCUUCGCUGAUGACGAAUUUGCAAAAGUCGGAUGUGAACUGGUCGAACACAACUCGUGGCCCAAGGCUCCCUCCAAUGCAAUUAUCAUCGGAUUGAAGGAGUUGCCUCCGAAUGAUGAUUCGCCCCUCAUCCAUACCCAUGUCAUGUUCGGCCAUUGUUACAAGCAACAAGCAGGCUACCAGGACAUCCUAAGUCGAUUCAAACGAGGCGGGGGAACUUUGCUCGACAUGGAAUUCUUGCAGGACGAGCACACCAAACGCAGAGUGGCUGCCUUUGGCUUCCACGCCGGAUUCAAUGGCUCUGCUGUCGGUCUACUUGCGCUUGGGUCGAUGUUAUCCGGGGAGGGAAGUUUGAAAGGAUUGAAGCCUUUCAAAGAUGAAGACGAAUUGAUUACUCGAGGGAAGAAAGAAUUCGAUCGAGUGGUCGCCAAGCUAGGUCGACAUCCUAAGGCCCUAGUGAUUGGUUCAUUGGGACGCUGUGGCUCCGGAGCUGUUACAUUUUUCAAGAAAAUUGGAUUGAACAAGGAUGACGUCGUUGAAUGGGACAUGGCAGAGACUGCCAAAGGUGGCCCAUUCCAAGAAAUUCUUGAAGCCGAUAUCUUCAUCAAUUGCAUCUACUUGAGUAGCAAAAUCCCCAGCUUUGUCACCCGGGAGACAAUAGCCGCAGCAGGAGAUUCUCGCCAGCUGAGGGUUGUAGUCGAUGUGUCCUGUGAUACCACCAAUCCGAACAAUCCUAUUCCGAUAUAUGACGUCAACACUACAUUCGAUUCUCCAACCGUGCCUGUCCAGCUAGAUGCUGGACUGCCAAGCUUAGAAGUUUGCUCGAUAGAUCAUCUGCCAACACUUCUGCCCAGAGAAGCCUCCGAACAAUUUUCGAACGAUCUCCUUCCUACGCUUUUGCAAUUAAAAACGUUGGAUCAAUCUAAAGUUUGGACUGAAGCAAGGGAUUUGUUUCACAAGAUGGUCAAUUCCAUCUAGAGCUUAUUUGAUCAUUGCUAUUUCCUCGUUUGGCCAUGUGCAUACCAUCAUUGUCCAUACUCUUGAUUCUAAUCUAAGAUCUAUACCAAGUGCAAAUGGCAAUUCAUGUUUUCCUGGUUGGAACUCGCAAUAUGAUCAACUUUGGUAACCUGUUCAGCAGGUCUCAAAGCCUGGUCUAUCCUGUUGAGGCUGUAGCAUGUAGGCAAAGUGCUAUACCAAGAGACAAUGAUUGCAGCUGUAAUGGGCAUUGGCUGAUGUAGGUAUGCUGAGAUCAGACACUGCUUGAGACACAUUGCUUUACUAAUUCAUCAUGAUACAAACUAUGUAGAUUCCACAGUAGAUCAGAAAAGGAAAGACAUCUCCAAGCAAAGUAUUAAGGUGUGCCCAAGGCAGCCAGGUCUGCCUUGAUAUGUAGUGACUCAGCCAGCUCAAGACACUCAUCAGAUUUUGGGUCGAGCCAUGGUCUGAAAUUUGAAUGUGUAUCAGGGGUUGCAGCAACUCUCUGGACAUUUGUAGUACCAUUUGAAUUUGAUGGCUCUCACCCAGACACUGUUUAUGUGGUGUAGAAUCUGGGUAGAUGUGUGUGAUGAGUUUGUCUGAUU